GUGACGCGUUGCAGGAAGUGUCUGUCAACAUCGGCCAUUUUGGUAAUUGGCCGCGUACUCUACAAACUCUUCUUCCUCAUCUAUUCCGAACUUUGACAGUUCAUUGGUGGUCAUUGUUAUCAUCAUCAUGGAGACAUCCACUAUUAAAGUGCUGGGAUGUUGAUCAAGUAUUCAGAAUCAGUCGUUAAACAACAAGAUCUACUGGCAUGUCUGGAUUAAUCGAGUUCUGAAUUGGACUUGUGUUCACAUCAGAUCACGUUGUUGGCCAAUUAUUUAGGCUGUAUUGAAUUGCAUUGACGACCAGCAUGGCAUGCUGACUGGGAAGAAUGAUCAGAUAAUAUUCUACAGCUGCAGGCCAUGCAGAAUUUGUGUGGGUAGACCUAUUGAAUGAGAAUGGAAAUGGAAAAGAAAGAUAGAAGCUCUGUCACCGAAGAAGAAUUUUUGAGAUUGGCCCAGCUCAUCCCACCGAGGUACUAUUCAGAUUUAGGGAUACAUUUGGGAAUCUCAUCUGCUGAACUUGAUCAUAUCAUUGUCAAACAUUCAUUGGAUUACAAAGAUGCAUUGAUGACAAUGUUCACACGGUGGAGAGAUGAACAACAUCCAGAUGAAGACAUCAGAGCUCUUCUUGCAGAAGGAUUAGAAAAGAGUGACUUAGGGGGAUUGUCCAAAGAACUUCUAGCUGGGAAUCUAAUCCAGAAAACAACAGAUGUCAGACAAACAACUGCAACAACUUCAAGAGCAUCAACUUCAACAGGAGCAGCAGACAUGUCAGUACCACCACAUACCGUCAGUGAGGAAGAACUUUUGAUGUUGUCAAUGGAAAUUGGACCUACUUACUACAAGAGGAUUGGCGUUAACCUGAAUAUCUCGUUUGUGACUCUUGAUAAAAUAAAGAAAGACACACAAGAUACAACUGAUGCUUUGAUGACAGUAUUCACAAGAUGGAGGGAUAAACAGCUUCCAGACACAAACAUCAGGGUUCUUCUUGCAGAGGCUUUACAAAAGAGUGGUCUAGUGUGUCUGUCUCAGAAACUGAUUACUGGAAAUCUAUUAGGGACAGGUGAGAAUGAAAAAAAAAAAAAAACUUAUUUUAACUUCCUGCAAGGAAUCACUCCACCCUGUCAUUGUUUUUCUUGGGAAUAAUUAUAGAAAAAUUCUUGUUCAGAUACAGUAUUGCUCGGAAUAAAGUUGACACCCUUCCGAGGGGUCACGCAUCUACCGCGAGACAGGCGUGAACCAAAAAAUUACCACCAGCCGAUUUCGCGCGUGAAAUUCACGCGUCAAUUUCACGCAUGCAGCUGGCAGAAGAGAGGCCCAAUGCUCACGUAAAACACGAGAUUUUUUUCAGAUUUGAUCUCUAUUUGUCCAUGUAGUUUGCGCCUCAACUCUAGGCACUUUUUGGUCAAAACACGACGCAAUCCCGAUGCAAUCCCGUCGGUUUACUGACGGAUGGUCUAUUAUCACGUGGUCUAAUCAUCAGAUGGGCUAACAACAUUCGGGCUAAACCCACUUAGUCCAAUUCUCUUUUAAUUCACCAUCCCGUCAUUUGCACUUCAAGAUAUUCAACCCGAUAGACAGCGGGUUGAAAAUCCUAAAUUCCCAAUAGACAGCCGGCUGAAAAACUGCCUCAAGCGCGCGCAUCAGACGAGUCCCCGCUAGAAAUCCAUGUGCCCAGCUCCUGACCGAGUGACCCAGUUAUAGUUACAUCUUUGGCUUAAAGGACGAGUAGAUUAUCUUUCCACUGUUUAUUUAUGGAGCUAGCUCCAUGGUUUAUUUUUCAGUGUUUAUGUUAUCAAAGACGUCUUCCGUUUAAAGGACAAGUCUUGCUUUUUAUGCAGGUUCCCUCAUAUUUCACUCUUUUAAAUUGUCUUUAAUUCCAAAUCGCUAUUUUCUUUAAUUUGAAUUAAUUGUUAUGCCUUGUCUUAUUUAUAUUCUCAUAAGUUUUCUGAUAUUGUUUUCAUAAUUUUGUUUGUACUUGUGAAAUAUGUCAAAUCAAGUAGAUAAUCUUUUUUUAUCUUUUAUUUUUUAUCUUUUGUUCUUCAAUUCUGUAAUUUUAAUCAGGUACGUAUUUCAUUCAAAAGAACGAGUAUUUUCAUCAUUUUUUAUCUAUCAUUCGAAGAAGAAGAUUCGCUUUCCAUCAUUUUCUGUUCAUUGUUUUUUUUUUUAUCAGUAAUACAUCGUUCAUUUAAAGGACGAGUUGAUUUGCUAACCAUCAUUUUCUGUUUAUCAAUUCUUUUUUUUUUUCAAUUUCCUCACGUCUUUUAAUCAAAGAUUCGCUUUCCAUCAUUUUUCUGUUCAUAAUUUUUUUAUUUUAUCAGUUACGUCGUUCAUUCAAAGGACGAGUAGAUUUGCUUACCAUCAUUUUUCUGUUCAUUGAUUGACCCUUUUUUCAUUUAAUCAGUUACGACGUUAAUUCAAAGGACGAGUAUAAUUCAGAUUUGAGUUUUAUUAUGAAGUUAUGAAAUAGAGAUUUAGAAUCAAGUUAGAAUUAAUCAUAGUUAUAGAACAUUUAAAUAAAAAACACAACCUAUGAGAUAUGAAAUCCAUUAAGAAUGGAACAGAUAUUACUAGAUUUUCUAACCAUCAUUUUCGGUUCAUCAAUAUUCUGUGUGUGUUUUUUUCAUCACUGACGACUUUUAUUCAAAGAUUCGCUUUCUAUAUCAUUUUCUGUUCAUUAAUUCUGUAUUUUUGUUUUAUCAGUUAAUUACGUCGUUCAUUCAAAGGACGAGUAGAUGCGUUUUUCAUCAUUUCUGUUCAUCAUUAUUCUGGUUUUUUGUUCAUCACUUACGUCUUUUAUUCAAAGAAGAUUCGCUUUCAUUCAUUUUUUUGUUCAAUUCUGUAUAUUUUAUCAGUUACAUCGUUCAUUGCAAGAACGAGUUGAAUCCCUUUCCAUCAUUUUUCUGUUCAUUGAUUGACCCUUUUUUCAUUCAAUCACUUACGACGUUAAUUCUAAGGACGAGUAUAAUUCAGAUUUGAGUUUUAUUAUAAACUUAUGAAAUAGAGAUUUAGAAUCAAGUUAGAAUUAAUCAUAGUUAUAGAACAUUUAAAUUAAAAAAAAAACACAACCUAUGAGAUGUGAAAUCCAUUAAGAAUGGAACAGAUAUUACUAGAUUUGCUAACCAUCAUUUUCUGUUCAUCAAUAUUCUGUGUUUUUUUUCCAUCACUGACGACUUUUAUUCAAAGAUUCGCUUUCCAUCAUUUUCUGUUCAUUAAUUCUGUAUUUUUAUUUUAUCAGUUACGUCGUUCAUUCAAAGGACGAGUAGAUUCGUUUUUCAUCAUUUCUGUUCAUCAUUAUUCUUUUUUUUAAUUAUAAUUUCAUCACUUACGUCUUUUAUUCAAAGAAGAUUCGCUUUCAAUAAUUUUUCUGUUCAAUUCUGUAUAUUUUAUCAGUUACAUCGUUCAUGGCAAGAACGAGUUGAUUCCCUUUCCAUCAUUUUUUUAGUUCCAUCAAUUCUGUGUUUUGUUUUCAUUGUUCAUCAGUUACGUCUUUUAUCUAAAGAAGAAACGCUGUCCAUCAUUUUUUUGUUCAACAAUUCUGUAUUUUUGUUUUAUCAGUUACAUCGUUCAUUCCAAGAACGAGUAGAUUCACUUUCCAUCAUUAUGACGUUCAGAGGAUGAGUAGAUUUGCUUUCCAUUUUCCUGUUCAUCAAUUCUGUGUUUUAAUUUAAUCAGUUUCGUCUGUUUAUUCAAAGAACGAGUAGAUUUGCU